AUGUCUUUCAGCAUCCGCAACACCAUUGCCCUGGGCGCCUUGUCCGCUCUCGCCGCAGCACAAACCACGCCGCCCAAGCUGGACGCAGCCUGUGCCGAUGUAGUCAUCUUCAUGGCUCGCGGCAACGACGCUCCUUACCGUGACGGACGCACCUUUCCGUUUGUCGAGGCAACCUGUGGCAAGUUGAUUGCCGAGGGCAAGACGUGCGACCACAUUGAUAUUCAGUUCGAUGUUACCCUCGGUGGAGACUACUGCGCUCAGGUGGCAGAGGGAGCCCGCAAUGGUAUCUCUCAGAUUACCGCCUUCAACCAAAAGUGCCCUUGUACACACAUAGUGGUUAAUGGCUACUCUCAGGGAGCCCAUGUUGCUGGUGAUGUCUUGGGUGGACCAGGUGGAUGCUCCUUUGUGAGCAACGGUCUUGACAGCACCUCUCCUGCUGGCAAAGCCAUUGCUGCGGCUCUGCUGUGGGGAGAUGUCAUGCACACCGCGAACCAACCUUACAAUGUGCUUGACGGUGCCAGCAAGCAAAAGAACCCACGCGCGUCUGGAGACCUUGCCCGCUUGAACCGCUAUGCGCCUGUCCUCCGCGCCUACUGCGCAGCUGGAGACCCAGUUUGCGCUGGGGGUGAAAUCGUAGCCGAUCACCUGAACUACUUUGAGCUCUACACUGACGAGGCUUCGUCCUGGGUCGUGUCCAAGAUCAAUGGC